CUUUAAAGUAUGGAACAAGAAGAAGCUUUAAAUAUUCUACGAAACUUACAAAGAUUAGAUGAAAAUAUGUACUGUGUGGACUGUGGAGCACAUAAUCCACAGUGGGCUACUGUAACUUAUGGUACUUUUAUUUGUUUGGAGUGUUCAGGAAAACAUCGCUCCCUUGGUGUGCAUAUUUCUUUUGUACGUAGCAUUGGAAUGGAUAGAUGGAAAGUACACGAGAUAAAGAAGAUGCAGCUCGGAGGCAAUAAAGCGUUCAAGAAGUUUUUGAAAAGCCAAGGCGUGUCGCUUUCUUUAUCUACUACUGAAAAGUAUCAAACGCCUGCAGCCAAGUUGUACGCCGAAAAACUUCAGAACCAAGUGAUGAGUACAGAAGAAUGGGGAACUAGUGGAAAGAAUAGUGACCUUCCCAACAGAGAUUCUUCUUCGCUUAAAAUAACUACAGAACAUAAUGAAAAACAAGGAAAGAGUGAAGUAACGACUAAUAUGAUUAGCGUUGGUGGUCUUUCUGAUGGUGAAUAUUCGGUUGCGUCGAAACGUGAGAAACGAGUGAAUCCUUUGAGAUCAAAUAAUAGGAGAAUUAUCAACUUGCAGCAGCAGGUGCACAACACAACAGACUUUAGUUCAGGACAUUCUUAUGCUUCCACUGAAUACCAGGAGUGGGAACCUUCAGUAUCCAUGGCUUCCCAACGGGAUGAUGGCUUUCAGACGAAAUCUAAGCAGCCUACUAUGCCAAACAGAAAUAACUGGAUGGAUUCAAGUGCUGCUUAUGAGACAGAGUCAAAACGUCCUCCUGACAUAGACCAGGUAACCAGUUUAUUGAAGAACCAAGUGUCACUACUCUCAGAACGAGCAAAGAAAAGUGAAUUGAUAAUGCAAGCCAGGGAGAAGACGGCUCAGACAGCAUCCAAGCUGCACUCUUGGUUGCAGUCUUUCUCAAACAGAGUGUCAGGUGAAAUAGAAAGGCUGCACGAUUCUGAUUCUUCGGGUCAAAGAAGCGAGUUGUUGCAAGGAAUAUCGCACUUAAAGCGAAAUGAACUUCAUUAUAGAGAAGAUGUUGCAGAAUACCAGUCAUCCGAUCGGGAAAGAGAGAGUAGUUUUGAUGUCUCUGCAGCGUCCUAUUUGUCAGCUUCUAAACAACAACAAGAACCAAAUAUAUGGGAAAAUAGAACGAGAGAGUUAACAACAAAGAAAUCCCACAGCGAAUGGGAGUGGCCAGAAGAAGAAGAAGAAGACCGAAGUAAUCCUUAUUUUGUGAAAAUCAAAGAGAAAUAGAAUGGAUACGAGACCAACUCAAGU